AUGUCCCCGCACGCAGAUUCUCUUCACCACAGGCGUGUUUGGUGGAAGGAAGCCACCUUCUACCAGAUCUAUCCGGCCUCCUUCAAGGACAGCAACGGUGAUGGCUGGGGUGACAUACCAGGCAUCCUCCAGAAAAUUGACUACAUUGCCUCCGUUGGAGUAGACGUGGUAUGGAUUUCACCCAUGUUCGACUCCCCCCAGAUUGAUAUGGGGUACGACGUCUCUGAUUACGAAGCGGUAUAUGCACCAUACGGGCGCGUGGAGGAUGUUGUGGAGCUCGUUGAGGCGUGCCACAAGAACCACAUGAAGAUCAUACUGGACUUGGUAGUCAACCACACGAGUGAUCAGCAUGCCUGGUUCAAGGAGAGUAGAAGCUCCAAGGACAACCCGAAGCGCGACUGGUACUUCUGGAGACCUGCACGCCAUGACGAACAGGGGAAUCGCAUACCACCGACCAACUAUCGUUCCUAUUUCGCAGGCGGGACUUGGACCUGGGACGAGCAUACGCAGGAGUACUAUCUUCACCUAUACGACAAAUCACAGCCGGACUUGAACUGGGAAAAUGAAGAUUGCCGCCGGGCGAUCUACAACUCCGCAAUGCGCUUCUGGCUCGACAAAGGCAUCGAUGGUUUCCGUGUUGAUACAGUGAACAAGUACUCCAAGGUGCUGCCGUUCACUGAUGCACCGGUAACAGAUCCUACAAGCGAUAUACAGCCUGCCGCACAAAUGUGGUGCAAUGGCCCACGCAUCCAUGAGUUCAUCAAGGAGAUGAAUCGCGACGUAGUCUCACAGUACCGCACCUAUGACGGCCAGCCUAUAGUCACAGUCGGUGAGCUUUCGUUGUGUUCACAUCCUGAAUCCGUUGUUCCAUACGUCAGCGCAUUGGAGAAAGAGCUCGACAUGGUGUUCCAGUUCGACAUUACACACCUUGGUCAAGGCCCACCAGGCUGCAAUGACAAGUACGAUACAGCCGAGUGGAAGCUUCCAGAGAUGAAGCGCAUCGUGGAGAAGUGGCAGUGUUUCAUCGAAGGUACGGACGCGUGGACAACCGUCUUCAACGAAAACCACGACAAUGGACGCAGUAUAUCGCGCUUUGCCAACGACGCGCCGGAGUGGCGAGAACAGAGCGCGAAGAUGCUCGCACUAUGGUUGAUUGGUCAAACGGGCUCGCUCUUCUUGUACCAAGGCCAGGAGAUUGGCAUGAUCAAUGCGCCAAAGGAGUGGAAUAUGCAAGAGUACAAGGACGUGGAAUCGCAGAACUACUGGGCUGAAGCAGUGCGGUUGGCGGAGAACGGGACGGAUCCCACACGCAAGGAGAGGAUAGCACAUGGGCUGCAGCUAAUGGCCCGCGACCAUGCGCGGUUGCCUUUUCAGUGGGAUGAUAAUGUGAAUGGUGGGUUCUCGACUGGAGAGCCUUGGAUGAGGGUGCAUGAUGCCUACAAGGGUGUCAACGCCGCGAGCCAGGAGAAGGAUGCAGAAAGCGUGCUAUCGUUCUAUAAGCGGGUACUACGACUGAGAAAAGAGCACAAGGACGUCUUCGUGUACGGCACAUUCGAGCUUCUAGAUCCCGAAAACCUGGGCACGUUCGUUUACACGAAGCGGUAUCAGGAGAAGACUGCUCUGGUUGUACUUAACUUCACAACGACAUCGCAGUCACCACCCGACACAAAAGAUAUGAAGUUGCUUGUAAGCUCACACCCAAAGACGACCGCAGACAUACUGCAGCCGUUGGAAGGGAGGAUAUACACCAAUUAUAAGCUGUAG